UUUCUAUAUUAAUGUUUACACGUGUUUUUUAAAGCUCAAAUAAAUAACAAUAAAUAAAUUAAAUGUCUAAAAAAGUGUCUUAUUAUUACUCUAAAAAUUGUUAAUAACAUUGCCAAUAAAAUAGAGUAAAAUAUCUGCAUAAAAACAUGACUAAAUCAAAUAGAAAAAAAGUACGAUUAUAUCGUCCAAAGAAAAAAAUUAUACCUGAAAAACAAGAGAUUGCUGAGCUUCAAUCGAAAUACAAAAAUAUUGAUGUAUCAACAAUCAAGACAUUCAAUGAUAUACCAUUGUCAUCAAAAACUAGAAAAGGCUUGAGGGGCCGAUAUAUUAAACCAACUGAUAUACAAAAGGAUGGUAUUGCUCAUGCAUUAGCUGGUAAUGAUAUUUUGGCAUCAGCUAAAACUGGAAGUGGUAAAACUCUUGCAUUUUUAAUACCUGUAUUAGAAAUUCUUUAUUGCAAAAGAUGGUCACGAGAAGAUGGACUUGGUGCUUUAAUAAUAACACCAACACGUGAAUUAGCUACUCAAAUAUACAAUAUAUUUAAUUCUGUUGGAAAAUAUCAUGAAAUGGUACCUGCUCUGACAGUUGGUGGUCAAGGUUUGAAGUUUGAAUCAAAAAGAAUUGAUCAAUGCAAUAUAAUGAUAUGUACACCAGGAAGAUUACUUGAUCAUAUGGAUAAAAAUCCAUUGUUUAGUUGUACAUCAAUGCAAAUUCUUGUACUUGAUGAAGCUGAUCGUUGUCUUGAUAUGGGUUUUCGAGAACAAAUGAAUGCUAUUAUUGAAAAUUUACCAGAACAUAAACAGACAUUAUUAUAUUCAGCUACACAAACAAAAUCAGUUGCAGAAUUGGCAAGAUUAAAUUUAAAAAAUCCAGUUUUUAUUGGUGUUCAUGAACAUUCAAAAUAUGCAACACCUGAAAAUUUAAACCAAGUUUAUACAGUAUGUAAACUUGAAGAAAAGAUAAAAUUUUUAUGGUCAUUCAUAAAAGAGUAUCGUAAAAAGAAGUUGAUGAUAUUUUUUUCAACUUGCAAAGAAGUUAAAUUUAUUCAUGAUGCAUUUCGUCGAAUUAGUCCUAGUUUACAUUUGGCAGCACUACAUGGAAAAAUCAAACAACCAAAAAGAUUACAAGUUUUUAAUGAAUUUUGUAGUAAACCAGAUGGUACUUUAUUGGCAACUGAUAUUGCAUCACGUGGUUUAGAUUUUCCAUGUGUUGAUAUUGUUGUACAGAUGGAUUGUCCAGAGGAUGCAAAUACAUAUAUUCAUCGUGUUGGUAGAACAGCUAGAUUUGAAAAAGAUGGUAUAUCAUUACUUGUAUUAUUACCAAGUGAAGAGAAAAUGAUUCAAUGUUUAAAACAAGCUAAAAUUCCAAUAAAAAACUCUAUGAUAUCAGCUAAACAUGUUUCAGAUACAACAAUACAAACAAAAUUAGAGUCACUUCUUGCCAAAGAUAAUGAAAUAAAAAAAACAGCACAACGAGCAUUUACUUGUUACAUGAAAUCUGUUUACUUUAUGAAAGAUAAAAGUAUAUUUGAUUUUACUGCAUUGGAUACAGAUGCAUAUGCUAAAUCACUUGGUCUAUUUUUUGCACCAAAAAUGACUAUUAUUAACAAAGAAAAUGCUAAAAAAAUAGUCAACAAAAAUUAUAAUGCUAAUGAUGAUGGUGAGAUAGAUGAAAAUAUGUUAAAAACACGUAAAUCAGAUGAUGAAGAAUCCAACAGUGAUGAUGAUUUAAGAAUGAUUAAUAAAAAAAAGAAAAUUCAAGUUAAAAAAGAUAAACCAAGUCGUGAAGAACUUUUUAAUCAUCAUGACAUUGAUGAUGAUGAUGAAUUUUUAACUAUUAAAAAAAGUAAUGUACAAAUUAAUGAUAUUGUUGAUGAUAAAGAAAUAAUAAAAGAAUUAUCAGUUAAUGAAUCUAAAAAUAAAAAAAAACCAUUAACAAAACCAGCUCUUGCUAAAAAAAUAUUAAAGAAAAAAAUUAAACCAAAUAAAAAAAUAGCAUUUGAUGAUGAAGGAGCACCAAUUAUUGAUCCAACUAAAGAAAAAGUAUCUGAAUUAGCAAGAAAAUAUGAUGAAGAAGAUGAUGAAAAGUCUGGAAUAAAUAUUGAACAAGUCAAGCAAAUUCUCAUGGAGGAAGAUAAAUUUGAUAAAAAAAGAUUUAGAGAAAAAAUUAGAGCUAAACAUCUUGAAGAAAAAAGAAAAGCCAAGGCUGAGAAAAGAGGUGAUAAAAAUAAAGAGAAAGAUGAUAAUGAUGAUAAUGCUGUUGCUGAAAAUCAUCCAAGACUUGCUUCAGGAAGUGAAGAAGAUGAUUCAGAUGGUCCCGAUUUAUCUUGGUUGCCUGAUCCUGACAAGAUUUAUGGUCCCAAAAAAGAUUCUGAUGAAGAAGCUGAUGGUUCUGAUGAUGAAGAGAUUGAACAAGUUCAUAGACCACCAAAGAGGAAACUUGUCACAAAAAAAGACAACAAGAUAAAACAGAAAAAACAGAAAAUUGAUGAUAUUAUUGCUGCAGAAGAACUUGCUCUUCAAUUUUUAAAUAAUUAGAAAAAAUAUUUAUAAUUUUAUGAUAAUAAAAUUUGUAAAUUAUAUAAAAUUUAUUAAA